AACCUUUGGCCUUUCUCCAGUUCCUACUAUCUCACUUCAACAGGAGCCACGGCCAGCAAACUGUCUCUCUCGGAUGAGCAGAGAUAGAGGGAGAAAGAAAGAGAAAUCCAGAGAGGAUGACGCAGAGUGACUAGAAGACACUGACUCCUUCCAAAGAAAGAGCAGGUCAACAAGGGCAAUUACAUAAAGUGUUUUUUUUUUCCAUCUUUCAAGAAUGAGCACCCACAUUACAAGUAACUUCCACCGGUGAUGCCCAUGUGUCAGAUCUCUGCAGCUUAAAUUCCCGUCUGCCCUGGAACCAAGGCCGAGCCACCAGCACAAAAACCUCACUUGAGGUGGAAAGAGGAAGAAAGUAAAGAUCAACAGAGCUGAGAAAAGAAGAAAGCGUGGCUGUGCGUUUUCCGGCCUACAUCCACCUGCAAGGCCAAGUCUGCAGAAGCACCACAGCACCAGUGCCAGCGAGGCAGAGGGCACAUGAGAGCAGCGCCGAGGACAAACAGAAGCCUGCGGUGGGCGGCAGAGGAAGAAAACGGUGCCACCUUCGGCCAGAGCACGGCCACAGAUACUCGUUCACAAGCGUCAAUCUUCACCCCUCUGCCUGAGCCCUAGGACAGACCAGACCACCACACCACACAACAGCCCGGCUCUACAGAAAUAAAAGGGGUGUAAAUACAUCUAGCCGGUGGCCUGAUUGCUCUUCAGCAUGGAAAAGCCUACGUUACUUUUUAUUACUUUACUUCUCCUGUCCUCCUGUCCUUGGCAGACAACAGAUGCUGAUGCAGCAAUAGUAGCAGAUGACGAUGCCACUACUGUGUUCAACACUGAACCCACAACAGAGGCCGCCAGCACUUUAAUGCCCACAGACACAGAGCCUGGUCCUGAGAGUACAUCAGAGUACGCCAUUUUAGACCAUCCGGCAACUCCUGAACUCCUCACCACAGUCAUUUAUGAACCAGUGACAACAACCACCACAGAAGAGCCGACCACCGUUACUCUACUUCAAACCACACCUGAGACCACAUGGAUCCCUGAGGAAACCACACAGAUCAUUCCUAUUGCAAUCCAAACCACCAGACCGGGCCCUACUACCCCUUCAGUAACCAGCCAAAUUAUUCCCGAAACCACUCAAACCACUAGGUCCGACCCCAUCUCCACACCACCUCCAACCACACCCACAAUGGUUCAGUCCACUUCCACUUCAGCUUCAGCACCCCCUGAGUCUACCUCUGCUGUCACUCCCAAGACCACUGCUGAGACCACCAGCACAACAUCACCCCCACCAAUGACACUCCAUCCACACUUCCCAGUCAUCCCCAUCUCCUCAAAACCGUACCUUGAAACAAGCUUCACCACCACAGAAGCCACAGAUCGCUCUGGUAUCCCAGGAGUGCCCAUCGUUCUCGGAGACUCCUCCUCUGCAGUUGACCCAGGGAGCCAGUCCAACAAGUCCCUGUGGCUGACGGUCAUCGUGGCCGCUCUGGUGGCCGCACUGGCCAGCAUCGCCUGCAUCGCCCUGGUGGUCAGGCGCAGGAGACAGAAGCAAGGGUUCGGCGACACCGGUGUCAGCGGUCGAGACCAGAGGUCCCGAGGGAAGGGCAAGAAGAAGGGCGAGGAGGACGUGUGGGCCGGGCCGGUGUUGAUGGGCGGCGUGGAGAGGGACGAGUGCGACGGCAACGGGGACGUGGAGGACAACAACAACGGCGGCCCGGCGGACGGGACUGACCCGAUGCUCAGCACGUUCGCGCCCAGCGAGGAUGAGGAGAAGGCCGUGGGAGCCAAGGGCACUAAGGAGGCCAAGAAAUGGGAGGAGCAGUCGCCGCUGCUCUACAUCGACGAGGACGCCGAGGAGGUGGAGGUGGAGGGGAUCCCAGCCAAUCAGCAGGACUCCUCUCAUGACGGACAGAGCGCAGAGAAGACUGAUGCGGAGGGGGCAGUGGCACAGAAGAAAGGGGAAGUGAGGGCAGAAACGGGUGGGGUGCUGGAUGGAGCUGUGGCUUUCUGCCAAACCACAGCGGUGUGAAACCUCUCUUACUCAUGACCGCUCCCCUGACUUACAACCCCAUGUGCAGUAAAUUAACUGCUGUCCAUUUAAAAGUCAAAGUCAAAGUCAAAGUCAGCUUUAUUGUCAAUUUCUUCACAUGUUCCAGACAUACAAAGAGAUCGAAAUUACGUUUCUCACUAUCCCACGGUGAAGACAAGACAUGUUUUACCAAUUUA